AUGGUCCACCACGCACCAGUAGCUGUCUCUGCACCCGGGAAGGUAUUACUGGCUGGUGGGUAUCUGGUGCUUGACCGCGAGUUCACUGGUCUGGUCUUCGGGCUUGAUGCCAGGUUGCAUGUGAUUGUGCAGCCCAUACCAACGAGGAAUGGUGUCACGUUGAACGAGAUUGUGGUGCAGUCGCCGCAAUUCCAGGAUGCGGUUUGGGAGUAUGGGUAUAGGCUCACUGAACGGGAUGGUGGGAUGAAGGUUACGCAGUUGAGGGUCGACGCAGACCUCAAGCUCAACAGCAAUACUUUCGUGGAAACGACUUUGAGCUAUGCUCUGAGCUAUAUGUCUAGUAUGGCCAAGCCAACCAUUACGCCAGCAUCGAUCACAAUCUUGGCAGACAACGACUACUACUCCACCCCGAGUGAUCUAGCCAAUGGCUCAAGUACACCCCCCCGCUUCCACGUCUUCGGCACACCCAUCUCAAAAGCGCACAAGACCGGUCUAGGCUCCUCUGCUGCACUGGUCACAGCACUCACAGCGGCCUUACUCACUUACUACCUACCAAAGGACACACUAGACCUCUCCACCGAACUCGGCAAACGCCACCUCCACAACCUAGCCCAAGCCGCCCACUGCGCAGCCCAGGGUAAAGUCGGCUCCGGCUUCGACGUCGCCAGCGCAGUCUACGGCAGCUGUCUCUACAGGCGCUUCUUCCCUGCCAUCCUCAGUAACCACGCCGAACCGGGCCAGGCGAACUUCGGCACCCAGAUUAAAGCUAUAGUCGACGAAUCUGAUGAGGUUCAGUGGGAUCACGAGAUCCUUAAGAAUGCUGUCAAGGUUCCCAGGGGGCUGCGGCUGGUGAUGUGUGAUGUCUCGCAUGGUUCGCAGACGCCGGGGAUGGUCAAGCAGGUCUUGGCGUGGCGAAAGGAGAAGCCGGAUGAGGCUAACGUGAUCUGGGGGCAGCUUCAUAAGCAUAAUUCUGGGCUUGCGGAUGAGCUUAAGAUCGCGGCCGAGUGUCCUAGUGGCGAGGAUCAGUAUAGCAAGGUUACUGAACACUUCAGGAGCAUCCGAUCGCUCAUCAGGCAGAUGUCGGAUAAGAGUGGUGUGCCGAUCGAGCCUCCCGAACAGACGAAAUUACUCGAUGCCUGUGAGAAGAUUCCUGGAGUAGUUGGUGGCGUCGUGCCUGGUGCAGGUGGAUAUGAUGCCAUUUCUGUCCUGGUACGAGACGAUCCUGACUCUCUCGCACAACUCCGCGAUCUCCUAUCAGGCUGGCGCUUCAUGGGUGGGAUUGAUGGCGAAGAAAUCAGUGGUCGCGUGAGUAUGCUCGGUGUACGGGAGGAAAUGGAAGGGGUCAGGCCUGAAAAAGCGCAUGUGUAUAAACAAUGGCUUCCGUAA